AAAAUGAAAUUGGGACCCUAAUCAAAUGAACCAACACCUUCAACAAAUCCACCGCGCUAACUGUCCCACCAAAAUGCACAAACUUACGCCUAUAAACGACGCAAACCUUUUCCCCCAAAUUCAAAUCAAUCAAAACCUAGCCAUAAUCGCAACAAUGGCGAGACCGACCUCCAGCAGGCAAUUGACCACCGCCCCUUCCACGGCGCCGGCUACGGGAACUACCACCACCACCACCGUGGCCCUCGAGACGUCGUCCUCCAACCAGCAGUCGCAGAUUAGGGAUUCGUUGGUUUUGAAAUUGAAGCUUCCCAAGAAGAAGGUGUCGUGGAAGGAAGGGACCGUAGACAACGAGUUUAUGAAUAAAAAGAGCUCGAAAAAAUGCUGCAUUUUUCACAAGGAGAAGCCUUUUGACGAGGACGAUUCCGACGCCGAGGGGGACUGCGAUCACGAUCACGAUCACGAUCACGAUCACGAUCACGAUCAUCAUGAUACUGGGAGGGAUAUUGAUGUUAAGGGAAGUCAUGAAGACGGUUCGUCGAGUCGGUGAUUGAUCGGCCCUCUCGAUUAUUCUGAUCAUGAGGAUUGGAAAACAGAUUUGAGAAGCAGUAAUUUGCAGGGAAAAAUAGGGUGGAACAUAGCUGAGAGUCUUUUUCCGAAUCCCUAUGGAUAAAGUAAGCCUUGGGAUUCCUGCACGUGCUCGAUUUAAUAUGCUGCCUUUAAAGUUUAGCAUUCUUGAGAAACUCUGUUCUUGGCCACAGAGCCACCGGCCAGAUUGCUCUCAUGUGAUCAUUUGUGUGAGUAUCUUCAUCUUGAGAUAGCACAGGGAAUUCAGUGUGAGUCAUUGAAUCCCUAUAGAUAAGUAAACCUUGGGAUGUUUAAACAUGCUCGAUGUGUUGCCUUUAGAGUUGAGUUGGAUUCUUGAGAA